AUGUUUAAAAAAGUAGAUUGGAAGCUGUUGCGUCGGAACUACAGGAUAGUUGGUCAUUUAACUGGUAGUUUACCUCGACAACCAAAGCAAAAUACUUACCAAGGCUUACCACUUAAAUUACUACGAGAGGAAGCUACGUUACUUCUCGAAAAAGGUAUUGCUGAAUUGGUUACAUGUAAUAUACCGGAAAUAAAUCAAAGUCAAAUCGAGUUAUACAAUCACAAUCGUGAGAGUAAUAUUAUGGAGCAGGCCAAGAUAAUUGCUAAGGAGAAGAACGAACGGGAUCUAUUUUAUCGAGAGCAAAAUCAUCUACCCUGUGAUGUCAAUAAGGAAGCUAAUAAAGAUAUUUCUGAUGACGAAGUAUGA